CCCGGCUGUGGUCUGCAGAGGAGGCUGAGCUGACUGCUCCUCCAUCGGCCUCCACACGGAGUAAACAGCUGACCGGAAACGACAGCACUUUCACCGGAAAGGAGGAGCAGCUUUUAUUGUCGCCAAGCUGCUGCUGUAAUGGCGGUGCCUCGUCGCUCUUCGCAGCAGCAACAACAGCAAAAUACCCUCCAGUCCCCGCCGAGAAACGGCUCUCUCUCGGCCGCCCCCCCGGCCUCUCCGCCGAUGGCUCUGCUCACCUCGGCUGGUGGACCGCCGGAGACCGAGAGGGAGUGCAGCGGGGGGAUGGAGAUGGCCCUGGCCUCCCCGGACCUGCCCGCCCCGGUCCUAACCAGCAGCGCGAGCUUCACCACGACAGCCUCUGGCGGCGGCAGCAGCAGCGUCUCCAGCCCCGGCUCCGGAGCGGCCAGCCCCGCUGAGGGCGGCAGCGGCAUCGGCGGGGCGUUCAGGGAGCUGUUCGAGGCGUGCCGGAACGGAGACGUGUCCAGAGUGAAGAGACUUGUGGACUCGGUGAACGUAAACGCGAAGGACAUGGCUGGUCGAAAAUCAACUCCGCUUCAUUUCGCUGCGGGUUUCGGCAGGAAGGAUGUGGUGGAGCACCUCCUCCAGACGGGGGCCAACGUUCACGCCCGGGAUGACGGAGGACUCAUCCCCCUGCACAACGCCUGCUCCUUCGGACACGCAGAAGUCGUCAGCCUCCUGCUGUGUCAGGGCGCGGACCCCAACGCCAGAGACAACUGGAACUACACCCCCCUGCACGAGGCUGCCAUCAAAGGGAAGAUCGAUGUUUGUAUUGUGUUACUCCAACAUGGAGCCGAUCCAAACAUCCGCAACACUGAUGGCAAAUCUGCUUUGGACCUCGCUGACCCUUCAGCCAAGGCUGUUCUCACCGGUGAAUACAAGAAGGAUGAACUUCUGGAAGCAGCGAGGAGUGGGAAUGAAGAGAAGCUGAUGGCGCUUCUGACUCCGUUAAACGUCAACUGCCACGCCAGCGAUGGACGCAAGUCAACAUCCCAAAAAAUGCUGUCGACGCCGCUCCACCUGGCUGCCGGCUACAACCGAGUCCGCAUUGUGCAGCUCCUCCUCCAGCACGGGGCGGACGUUCACGCCAAGGACAAAGGAGGCCUGGUCCCACUCCACAACGCCUGCUCCUACGGCCACUUCGAGGUCACCGAGCUGCUGCUUAAACACGGAGCCUGUGUGAACGCUAUGGACUUGUGGCAGUUCACUCCGCUCCAUGAGGCGGCGUCCAAGAACCGGGUGGAGGUGUGUUCCCUGCUGCUGAGCCACGGGGCCGACCCCACCCUGCUCAACUGCCACAGCAAGAGCGCCGUGGACAUGGCCCCCACCCCGGAGCUGAAGGAGAGGCUGACCUAUGAGUUCAAAGGUCACUCGCUGCUGCAGGCAGCGCGGGAGGCAGACAUGGCCAAAGUGAAGAAGACUUUGGCUCUGGAGAUCAUCAGCUUCAAGCAUCCUCAGACCAACGAGACAGCUCUGCACUGCGCUGUGGCUUCCCCCCACCCCAAGAGGAAGCAGGUGACCGAGUUGUUGCUGCGUAAAGGAGCCAACAUCAACGAGAAGAACAAAGACUUCAUGACUCCGCUGCACGUUGCUGCUGAGAGAGCUCACAACGACAUCCUGGAGGUGCUGCAGAAACACGGAGCGAAGGUGAACGCUGUGGACACACUCGGUCAGACGGCUCUUCACAGAGCCGCACUGGCUGGACACAUCCAGACCUGCAAGCUGCUGCUGAGCUACGGGGCCGACCCCUCCAUCGUGUCCCUGCAGGGCUUCACCGCCGCUCAGAUGGGAAACGAGGCCGUGCAGCAGAUUCUUAACGAAAACGUUCCCACGCGUAACUCUGACGUGGACUACAGAUUCCUGGAGGCAGCCAAAGCAGGAGAUCUGGACACAGUGCAGCAACUUUGCACCCCGCAGAACGUGAACUGCCGGGACCUGGAGGGCCGCCACUCCACUCCCCUCCACUUUGCGGCCGGUUACAACCGAGUGGCUGUGGUUGAAUACCUGCUGCACCACGGAGCCGACGUCCACGCCAAAGACAAGGGCGGCCUGGUUCCCCUCCACAACGCCUGCUCAUACGGUCACUACGAGGUGGCCGAGCUGCUGGUCAGACACGGAGCUUCGGUCAACGUGGCCGACUUGUGGAAAUUCACUCCGCUUCACGAGGCUGCAGCCAAAGGCAAAUAUGAGAUCUGCAAACUGCUGCUCAAACACGGAGCCGACCCGUCCAAGAAGAACCGCGAUGGCAACAUGCCACUGGACAUGGUCAAAGACGGAGACACGGACAUCCAGGACCUGCUGAGGGGUGACGCCGCCCUGCUGGACGCCGCCAAGAAGGGCUGCCUCGCCCGAGUCCAGAAACUCUGCUCGCCAGAGAAUAUCAACUGCAGAGACACGCAGGGACGCAACUCGACGCCGCUGCACCUCGCAGCGGGCUACAACAACCUGGAGGUGGCCGAGUAUCUGCUGGAGCAUGGGGCUGACGUCAACGCUCAGGACAAAGGAGGCCUCAUCCCGCUGCAUAACGCCGCCUCCUAUGGGCAUGUGGACAUCGCAGCCCUGCUGAUCAAGUACAACACGUGUGUGAACGCCACAGACAAAUGGGCCUUCACGCCCCUGCACGAGGCGGCUCAGAAGGGUCGCACUCAGCUCUGUGCUCUGCUGCUGGCUCAUGGAGCCGAUCCCACCAUGAAGAACCAGGAGGGCCAGACCGCCCUGGACCUCGCCACGGCCGAUGAUAUCCGCGCCCUGCUGAUGGACGCCAUGCCGCCAGACGCUCUGCCCAGCUGCUUCAAGCCGCAGGCCACAGUGGUCAGCGCCUCAGUCAUUUCGCCCGCCUCCACGCCGUCCUGCCUGUCGGCCGCCAGCAGCAUAGACAACCUGGCCGGCCCGCUGACCGAGCUGGCAGCUGCUUCUGCUGCAGGCUCGUCCGGAGUGGCAGACGGAGCCUCAGGCACUGACCGCAAGGAGGGCGAGAUGGCGAUGUUGGACAUGAACAUAAGUCAGUUCCUGAAGAGCCUGGGCCUGGAGCACCUGAGGGACAUCUUUGAGAGAGAGCAGAUCACCCUGGAUGUGCUGGCUGACAUGGGUCACGAGGAGCUGAAGGAGAUCGGAAUCAACGCCUACGGACAUCGACACAAGCUCAUCAAGGGCGUUGAGAGGCUGCUGGGCGGCCAGCAAGGUGCCAACCCCUACCUGACAUUCCACUGUGCCAACCAGGGCACCGUCCUGAUAGACCUCGCCCCUGACGACAAGGAGUACCAGUCUGUGGAGGAGGAGAUGCAGAGCACCAUCAGAGAGCACAGAGAUGGAGGCAACGCAGGUGGUGUCUUCAGCAGAUACAACAUCAUCAAGAUUCAGAAGGUGGUAAAUAAGAAGCUGAGGGAACGUUACACCCACCGGCAGAAGGAGAUCGCAGACGAGAACCACAACCAUCACAACGAGCGGAUGUUGUUUCACGGUUCUCCGUUCAUCAACGCCAUCAUCCACAAAGGCUUCGAUGAGCGACACGCCUACAUCGGCGGGAUGUUUGGCGCGGGGAUCUACUUUGCAGAGAACUCCUCAAAGAGCAACCAGUACGUGUACGGCAUCGGAGGAGGCACAGGCUGCCCGACGCACAAAGACCGAUCCUGCUACCUGUGCCACAGGCAGAUGCUGUUCUGCCGAGUCACCCUGGGGAAGUCCUUCCUGCAGUUCAGCGCCAUGAAGAUGGCCCACGCCCCCCCAGGACACCACUCGGUGAUCGGGAGGCCCAGCGUCAACGGCCUGGCCUACGCCGAGUACGUCAUCUACAGAGGAGAGCAGGCCUACCCGGAGUACCUCAUCACCUACCAGAUCCUUAAACCGGAGAGUGCAGCCCAGUCCGCCGCCGGAGCCGAGCAGAAGUCCUAGUUACACACACACACACACACACACACGCUCAAAGACUGGAUGCUCGUCAUUUUCUCUUUGUAUUGCAGAUGCCUGAACACCUUUUAUUUAGCCAACAUGUUUCCAGUGACCUUCAUGAGCAGAUACGCUGUAUAAAACUCCUCCUCCUCCUCUUCCUCCUCCUCCUCCUCCUCCUCCUCCUCCUCCUCGUGGUAAUGACACCUUUUGGGGUUGUUUUUGCAUGGGCUGCAUGUCGUUACAGAAGCAUGUAGGGCCCAAUAGCGUGCGUGGGUUACUUCUUUCCCCUCACCAAUCAGGAGGCUGCUUGUAGAGACUUUAAAUAUCAGCAUUAACAGUCUGUUGCCUCACGCAGAACCACCGACCCCUCACACACACACACACACACACACACACACACACACUCUCUCUCUCACUGUGUCACUGUCGAAACCUGUGGACUACUACUGCCCUGCUGUGUUUGGGUUCGUCCCGUAUAAAAGGCCUCUGCUGACUGUGAUUUCACCCUCCAACACUAAACGGCCGAUGGUGCACAACACUACGAACACUGAACUGUUUUUUAGAGGUUUUAUUCAGGACUGGUGGGUUGAGGAAGGGCUCUGUGUCCUGUCAGCUGAGGAUCUGAGACAUCAGAGGUCCACGGGGACAUUGGAGGCAUCACGCUGUUUAUAUGACGGUUGUUCAGAGUGUUGAAAACGUGCUUGUGAUGCCUUACGGGUGAGCAGCCAGUGAACACAUCACAGCAGCCUUCUGUCGGUCUCGCUCAGACAUCCCACGCAUCCGGAUUUGCACUUUUACAUAGAAACCUAUUUAAGUUAUUUUAAAUUUAAAUUGCAGAUUUUGCGGGAAAAAGUAUUUGUACAGGUUGUGUAAAUGUUUGUGUAUAACUGUUGCUGUUUGACAGUAUCUUUGAGUUCAGUUGUAAAUGACAUGAUUUUUUUUCCUUUCAUGCCUUCUUGACUUUUUUUUUUAAAUAAAUGUCCCAUUAAC